AAUCAUUGAAAAAUAAUUGAGUUUUAAUUUCAUAAGCUUCAAAAUGUCAACUGAGUGGUCCAGUAAUAGUGGUUUAAUAGUUGGUACAGAAGAUUAUAAAAAUGUAUCUAGCAAUUUAGAUGAAUACUCAGAUUUUUCUUAUGAUUACUCAAAUGGUAUGGAUUGGCAUUUCCCUGUUGUUGAUUUAUGUCAAGAUAGCCGAUGGUUAUUGUUUGAAAAUAAUUUUUCUUUAAAUGAACCAUCUGUUUUGGAGAUUUGUUAUAUGUUUAAAAACAAAAUUCAAUGUGAAUUUCAAACAGAAAUAUUUUUACAGCAUCCAUUAAUUAUUCAGAAAUUAAUUAAAUGGCUGAAUGAAAACAAAGAAAAAGACUUGAUACUGGAAUGUCUAAGUUAUUUGGUAGAAAAAUUAAUAAUAAGACACCACGAAUGUACUACUGGUUUGUGUGAAAAUAAUGAAAGUAUUAAUUCCAAUUACGGUUCUAAUUCUCAAAUAUCAAUAAGAGACACUAUUAGUGAAUCUUCAACUAACGAUGAAAUUUCACGUUGGGGUAUUGCCAAAUUUUGUGUCAUACUGAUGCCUGUACUUUUGAAACAUAUUAGUUUUAAUAGUGGCGGAGCUUACUCUUUGUUUAUGUCUAGCAUGCAUCUUUUAUCCUCUAUAUCUAAUAAUUGUAAUGUUAAGUUUUACUUAGAAUUAGUGUUUUCUGAUCAUACAAUCAAAAAUAUACUCUUAAAUGAACCUCUAUCUUCACUUAAGUUUUUAAUUAUUGCCAAAGAAAUAUUAAAACAUGGUUCACUUAACAAUCAAUUUAAAAUACUAAUUUGUAACAUACUUAAACAACCCUAUUGGAUUCAUCUUUAUCCAGAAUUAUACUACCAAUUGUAUGAAAAAGUUAUUAAUGAAGAAUUAUUAGAACAACAAAUAAUCAAAAGGGUUAACGAUGCAUAUAUUUUAUCAUCUAAUAGGAACUUGGAUAUUAAACAAUAUGCAUAUUUAUUUAGAAGUUCAUUACCUAUUAUAUGUUUCUAUAAACAAUUUACUAUAAUUGAUAAAUUCAUUACAAACACGUGUAAAUAUGCAAAUUUGACAGAAACAACAGAUAAUGAAAAAGAAUACAGCAACAUUUUAGUCAGUUUACUUUCUUUUAAAUCUGUUGAUAUUGUAUUAUACACAUACUUAGCACUUAAUAAUACAAUGAAGAAAAUGUUUAAUCAUUUAAACCUUGAAUCUAAAAAAAUUGACCGGCUUAUAAACAGUUUACUGUGUACCAAUGUGUUGAAUGAAAUAAUAUGUUUUGGCUGUAAUAAUUCAAAUGAACAGAUAAAUCAAUCAGCAUCAGAAAUUAUAGAACAAAUAAUAAAAAGCAAGAACAUAAUAAAUAUUAAUCAAUGGAAAUGUUUUUUAAAUAAUUUAGCUCCAAUCUUCCCUGUAUUAUAUUGUUAUGCUAACCAAACAUCUACUCUGGGCCAAGUUGUUUUGGAUUUGUUUGAUCCUGAUCAAGCAGAGAAAUUAAAUAUUUCAAAAUUAGUGCUACUUCAUUCAACAAUUGCAAUGUUAUUCAGCAAAGAUAAUGAAUCUCGAGUUGAAGCAAAUAAUAGAAUUACUUGGAUUUUUAAAACAUCUCUAAAUAAAAACAUUAAACUACCAAAUGAUAUUUUUGUAAUGGAAGUUGAUGAAGUAAAUGAACAAGUAGACAAACCCAUUGGUGAAUAUAAUGAAAAAGAUUUAGAUGAUAUGAUAGAUUUAAUUUCUAAUGAAUCUUCAAGUCAUCAAACUAUUAAAUGUGCUUUAUACAAAAUAUCAGUAAUACUUGAAUAUGAUCAUCUUCAACAACAUUUUAUUCAUAAUGGAGGAAUGGAUAUUAUAUUAAAUUUACUUAAAUCAUCAAAAAUGUUUGUUAAUGAACGUGGAUUGUUAAUUGCAUUAUUAAAAUUAACUUUAUGUUUCGCAAAGAAAAAAGAAUUAAUUAUUAAUGAUCAUAAUUCAUUAGCAAAUAAUAUUGAAAUACAACUACAAUUAAUCUCUGUUCUGUCUGAUUUUUAUGAAAUUCCACUUGUAAAACAAUAUGUGUUUCAAAUUUUUUUUUAUUGUGUUUUCAAACAAUAUUUAACGUACUUUGGUGAAAUACCAAAAGUAGUUGAGAAUAAAAUAAAUACUCCUAUUAAAUUCAAUAAAUAUUACCAUACAACUAAUAAUUCUGAUGAUACAAUGUUAUUUUCAAAAAUUAAAGAGAACCACAAUUGUAUGGAAGUUUUAAUACUAACAUGGCAUUUAAAGCAUCAUGAUAGUAUUGAUGUUUUUUUGGAAAAUGGCCUUACUACAAAUGCUCAAAACCCUAUACUCGACAAUGUUUUCCAGAAUUGUAGAAAAGCUUGUAUUACAUGGUCAGUUAAAAAAUAUUUGGUUGACUUAAUUGCUGCCAAGUCACACCAAGUAGCAUUGACCAUUCUUGGUGAUUUGAGGAGAUAUUUAGAAGUAAGUGUAAAUAUUAAGCAAUUUGAAGUAGAUGAAGAACUAUUAGAAACUGCGUUAAAAAAAUUUUUGAUAUUGCCUCCAAUUUUUUUAACUGAUUUACAAACAUUAAUCGUUGUCUUAAAGCUACUUAAUUUUGCAUUAAAAAAAAGAGUUUUAAUAAAUAAAUUAAAUUGGGUUGCUGAAAUAAUGAUGAAAUCUGAAUCUAUGCAUCAUAAUAUGGCUGAUGAUUUUAAAAAUGAUGAUAAUUCAAAAAAAUUGUGUAAUCAAUUUUUUAUUGAACUUUAUGAAGUAUAUUGGCUUUGCCUAAAAAACUAUAGUCAUUUUUCAACAUUAAAUUUAACAAAAUUGUUAUUUGAUCGAUUAGAAUCUACAAAACAUGAAAUUGUUUUAUUACAAGUUAAUAUGAAGUGUCUUACUUUAUUAACGGAAAAUACAAAACAUAUAGAUAAAGACCUUGUAAAAAUAUAUUUAUCUCAAUUUAUUUCAUUAAAAACAAUAGUGACAAAUAGUUCAAAUGAAAAAAGUUUACAGCGAAGUUAUUUAACUGUCCUGAACCACAUCCUCCACCAUACAAUUUUAAUACCAAAUAUUGUUGAAGUAUGGUGUAUGUAUGACUGGGAAACAUGGACAUGGUCAAUGAUACACAGUACUGAUUCAUUAGUACGAGCUCUAGUCUUUCAAUUCUCUGCUGGCUUGGCUGUUAUUGAUAUUCCAAUAUCACAUAAUUUAAUUCACCUUGCGUUAAAUUAUUUUUCUGAAUCAAAUUCCUUGGAAAAUUGUAUUGUUGCCGAGCAAGCGACUUUAUUUUGUUCAAAUCUAUUUUGCUCUCCUAAGUUUAAAAGUUUAUGCCACCAACACAUUAUUAAAUUGGAUUUUGAUGCUUUUGUUCAAAUUAUUAAUUUGUGUUCAUAUUACGACUAUACCAAACCUGAUAAAAAAUACUUUUUGACAUCUCCUAAACUUGUGUCCAAUAUAUGCUGUAUGCUUUUCAAUAUGUUUACGUUGACAGAAGUAAAUUUAUAUGAACUUGAUCAACAUAAUCAAUUUAUACAAGCACUUUUUCUGUGCUUAAAAAAAUAUUUAACUCCUAUGAGUAUUGAAAAACCAAAUAUUAUGGAGAUGUGCGGUCGUAUAUGUUCCAUUCUUACGCUUUUUGUACCUGUUAGCAACUAUAAUUUUGAAAAUUUGUUAAAUUCUUUAAAUGCUAUCUAUGAAAGAAUUAACACCAAUUUAGAUCAUUGUACAACUAUGGUAUGGAAAUCAUUAUUUAAACUGACAACAAUAGUAAUACAAUGUACAAAUUAUAAAACAUUUGUUAUAACAAAUCAUUUUAUAACAGCAUUAUUAACUAGUAUAACUUCGAAAAAUAGAGAUCUAUGCAUUGAAGCAUUAAAUGUUGUUUCUUUGGUAUGUCCCCAACUAUCUAAAAAAUUUGUUCAUCGUGUAUGCAACAUUUUAAUUCGUACAUUACUCUUGGAAUGGCAUCAUACAUUAAAACGAAAAAUGUUAUUAAUUGCAUUAUCAAACAUAUUUCUCGAACACCCAUCAACAUAUGAAACAGCAAGGCAGAACAAUGUAUUACCGUUCAUCAUUUCUAAAUUGAAAAUUAUGCAGUUACAAGUUACUAAACAAUUAAACCAAAAAUCUAAAGUAUUACAAAAUGAAUAUUUGGAAAUUAUGAGAUUUUGUUGUAAUUUAUUCCACGGAUGCAAUGAUGCUAGAGAAGAUGCUUCUGCUGAAUUACCAGAUUUAAUUCAUAAACUUUGGCCUAUUAUUGUUUCCAACCCUAAAUCUGAUAUCUUGAUUUGUACACUACAAAUGCUAGUAUCACUUACAUCUUCAUGCCCUUCUGCGUGCAGUGCAAUGACAAUGACUAGCAGUACACUAGGAGUCGAUCCAAAAACAAAAUGUACUUCAUAUUCAUUAUUUCAUGAAAUAAUUUCAUUAUCCACUAAUUUUCAUUUGAAUGAAGAUAUUUUGAAUAUAACUCUGCUGGUAAUUGUAAACUGUUGUCAAGCUCAAGAAUGUCGUGUAACAAUUACAAAAAGUAAACUAUUGUCAAGCAUCAUGUUAGCUCUUAAUAUAAAAGACAAAAAACGUCCGAUUAAAAUUGAACAACAAUGUUUAAAGUUUUUAUUAGUUUUAACAAGCUACAAUGACGGACAAAUACAUCUUUUAAAGGUGGACUAUGCUUUGGAUACUUUAGUAGAUCUUCUAAAAUCAAAUUAUAUAAAUGAUUCUUUAGCUAUAUUGAGAAACUUGUGUUUUAAUGGACAAAACCGUGUAGUUAUUUUGUCAUCAGAUGUGUUUUUAGAUGGAAUUAAAACUUUGUUAGAAACUGGAAAUCUAACUAAUCAAAAUUAUAAAGAUAUUAGUUUAGCCAUAUGGUCAAUUGCAUGCAACAAUCAAAAAGCUCGUCUUCAACUACGUCAUUGGGGUAUUGAUAAAUAUUUUGAGAAAUCUUCUGAUUUAUUAAUAUGUAAUGACGAAACACAAAAUAUUAUUAACUGUACCUAUCAAAUUUUAAAAAGCUAAACUAAAUAUUUACCAAUUAGUAAGUUAAA